UCUCCAUAAACAUCACUCUACGCCUUUUUCAAAACCUCUCUCCUCUUCUUCCUCUCCCUCGCUUUAGAUCUCAGUUUUAGGGUUUGCGAAGAUGCGUGAGAUUCUUCACAUCCAGGGAGGCCAGUGCGGGAACCAGAUCGGUUCGAAGUUCUGGGAAGUGGUAUGCGCCGAGCACGGCAUCGACCAGACGGGACGUUACCAGGGAGACUCCGACCUCCAGCUCGAGAGGGUUAACGUCUACUACAACGAGGCGAGCUGUGGGAGGUACGUUCCACGCGCCGUUCUCAUGGAUUUGGAGCCUGGAACGAUGGACAGCGUUAGAUCUGGUCCGUACGGUCAGAUCUUCCGUCCCGAUAACUUCGUUUUCGGCCAGUCCGGUGCGGGGAAUAACUGGGCGAAAGGUCACUACACGGAGGGCGCUGAGCUUAUUGACUCGGUCCUUGAUGUUGUUCGCAAAGAGGCUGAGAACUGUGACUGCCUUCAAGGGUUUCAGGUGUGUCAUUCGUUAGGAGGAGGAACUGGUUCUGGAAUGGGGACUUUGUUGAUUUCGAAGAUCAGGGAGGAGUACCCGGACCGUAUGAUGCUGACGUUCUCUGUGUUCCCGUCUCCCAAGGUCUCUGACACUGUGGUGGAGCCAUACAACGCGACGCUAUCUGUGCAUCAGCUCGUUGAAAACGCUGAUGAGUGUAUGGUGCUUGAUAAUGAAGCACUGUAUGAUAUUUGCUUCCGUACCCUCAAGCUUAGCACUCCAAGCUUUGGUGAUCUGAACCAUUUGAUCUCUGCUACCAUGUCUGGUGUAACCUGCUGCCUUAGGUUCCCUGGUCAGCUCAACUCUGAUCUCCGAAAGCUUGCCGUGAAUCUGAUCCCAUUCCCUCGCCUCCACUUCUUCAUGGUUGGAUUCGCUCCUCUCACCUCUCGUGGCUCUCAACAGUACCGUAACCUCACUGUCCCAGAACUGACUCAGCAAAUGUGGGAUGCAAAGAACAUGAUGUGCGCUGCUGACCCGAGACACGGUCGCUACCUCACUGCCUCAGCUAUGUUCCGCGGGAAGAUGAGCACCAAGGAAGUUGACGAGCAGAUGCUGAACGUUCAGAACAAGAACUCCUCCUACUUCGUCGAGUGGAUCCCCAACAAUGUCAAGUCAACCGUCUGUGACAUUCCACCGACCGGUUUGAAGAUGGCUUCCACGUUCAUUGGUAACUCGACUUCGAUCCAGGAGAUGUUCAGGAGAGUCAGCGAGCAGUUCACUGCCAUGUUCAGGAGGAAAGCUUUCUUGCAUUGGUACACAGGGGAAGGCAUGGAUGAGAUGGAGUUUACUGAAGCGGAGAGCAACAUGAACGAUCUUGUCUCUGAGUACCAGCAGUACCAGGAUGCCACGGCUGAUGAAGAAGGAGAGUAUGAAGAUGAAGAGGCUGAGUACGAGCAAGAGGAAGGCUAUUGAAGAGACAAAACACAAGAAUCUCAACUUCAACUUCCUGUUGCUGUUUUACUUUUCAAAAUUUCUACUAAGUUUCGUUUUUAUAUAGUUUCUGCAACUAUAUCGGUUUCACUAGUAGUUAUGUACUUGGCGUAGACUGGCUAAGGGAUUAUCAAGAUUUAUUAAACAACUAUUUCGCUUAAAA